AUCAUCAGUCAUUCACCAUCAAAUACAACGCCGACCUUUUUAGCACGUUCGCUCUGUCGUACCUCGGAACAAAAAUAACUGUAUCAUGAAAUAGGCUUAGAAAGGAACUAACGUUUUACUACGCAUGUGCGUUUCCCUCUUUCCCUUUUCCGGAAAGCGCAAGGCUCUUGUCGCGCAUGCUCUUGUCAUUUUAAAGGAAGUCCUCCUAUAGUACAAAGUGGAUUAAGGCUUCCGUUACGGAAGAAGAGAGAUUCAAUACCUAAUUGGUAUAUUUUGUUUCAGAUUGGCAUGUUGGUUGUCUUGUUUUUAACUACUAACCUGGAAAAAACCUAUCAUGCUGAACAGGAACUCCUUUACUACCUUAGUGGUUGGCGUCUUUAUCGUUUAUGUUGUUCACACCUGUUGGGUGAUGUAUGGCAUUGUUUACACAAAGCCCUGUGCGAGCCAUGGUGACAAUUGUAUCAAGCCUUAUCUGUCUAAGAGGCCAAAGCUACAGCUUAGCGUAUAUACCACUACAAGGACUACCAUAAGUGCUGAAAACAGUGUGGAUUUGGUUUUGAAUGUUGAUAACUUUGAUGUGGAGGCAAAGUUUGAAAGGACUGUGAAUGUCAGUGUACCAAAGAAAACCAGAAAUAAUGGUACCCUGUAUGCCUACAUAUUUCUGCAUCACUCUGGAGUCCUUCCGUGGCAUGAUGGAAAGCAAGUUCACAUUGUGAGUCCACUCACUACUUAUAUGAUUCCCAAGCCAGAGGAGAUAAAUCUUCUUACAGGAGAAACAAGCACCCAACAGAUUGAUACAAAGAGAAAGGAAACAAAUGCUUUAGAUGAACCUGUAUCCCAUUGGAGAUCACGACUGACACUUAAUGUUAUGGUGGAAGAUUUUAUUUUUGAUGGGUCCUCUCUUCCUGCAGAUGUUCAUAGAUACAUGAAAAUGAUACAGUUGGGAAAGUCUGUUAAUUAUCUUCCUAUACUGUUUAUUGAUCAACUAAGCAAUCGAGUGAAAGAUUUAAUGGUAAUAAAUCGUUCAACAAUUGAGCUUCCUCUUACUGUCUCAUAUGACAAAAUAUCUUUGGGAAAGCUUCGAUUCUGGAUCCACAUGCAAGAUGCUGUUUACUCUUUGCAGCAAUUUGGUUUUUCAGAGAAAGAUGCAGAUGAAGUCAAAGGAAUCUUUGUUGACACCAACCUGUAUUUCCUAGCCCUUACAUUUUUUGUUGCAGCAUUCCAUCUUCUAUUUGAUUUCCUUGCAUUCAAAAAUGAUAUCAGCUUUUGGAAAAAGAAGAAAAACAUGGUUGGAAUGUCUACUAAAGCAGUACUUUGGCGUUGCUUUAGUACAGUAGUAAUAUUCCUUUUUCUACUGGAUGAACAAACUAGUCUAUUGGUACUGAUUCCUGCUGGGAUUGGAGCUGUCAUAGAGGUUUGGAAAGUUAAAAAAGCCAUGAAGAUAACGUUUCAGUGGAGAGGCUUGGCACCAUUGAUUGAGUUUGGAGCACAUAGUGAAUCUGAAAAGAAGACUGAUGAAUAUGAUACUCAGGCAAUGAAAUAUUUGUCCUAUGUAUUGUAUCCAUUGUGUUUUGGAGGUGCUGUUUAUUCACUAUUGAAUAUUCGUUACAAAAGCUGGUAUUCUUGGUUAAUAAACAGCUUUGUGAAUGGGGUUUACGCUUUUGGAUUUCUUUUUAUGCUGCCCCAGCUCUUUGUAAAUUAUAAGAUGAAGUCUGUGGCACAUUUACCUUGGAAGGCGUUCACUUAUAAAGCAUUUAAUACAUUUAUUGAUGAUAUAUUUGCUUUUAUUAUUACUAUGCCAACAUCACACCGACUGGCAUGUUUCAGAGAUGAUGUUGUUUUUCUAAUUUAUCUGUACCAAAGAUGGCUUUAUCCUGUGGAUAAGACUAGAGUGAAUGAGUAUGGAGAGUCUUAUGAAGAGAAACCAAAGCGCAAACCACAUAUAAAUUAGACAUUCAUCUGAACUGUAUCAAUUACUUGAAAGUUACCAUAGUGUGGUAUGGAGAAAAGUGAAAAUGUUCCAAGAGUAUUUUUCAAUGCUUCAUACAAUCAUUUGGACAACAUCUACAUUGCCAAAAGCCUGAAAUGUAUUCCCUUACACUGGUAGUUUUUCUAGUUUUGUUAAUACAUUUUUUGUUGAAAUUUGUUUAAUAUCAGGCAACAUCGAUAUUAACCUUGUUGCCUAAAAUCGGUUUAAACAUAUGACUCUUGUACAGAAGUUACUUCAUUUCGUCAUGGUAUAUAUGUUAGAAUGGGAAGCCUAAAAUUCAAGGAGGACCAUACCGUUGUUUAAGCUGUAAUCUUUGGUGCACUGUGGCUUAAUGGACGACAUCUGGGAGGCUUUCAAAUUUACCAUACAUGAAACUUACGGUGGUUAUGUAAACAUUGUAUUUACAUUUCUAUACUGUUAAAAAUUGAACUAUUUUAAGAGUUGUAAAAUUAUAAAA